CCUGGCAUCCAAGUUUGGCGAAUAUGGGCUAUGUCCCUUUCUCACCUACUUUUUAAAUAUCUACUGGACCCGCAUCUCACCCUCGGUUCUUUUAGUACGGAGAAGUGGCAGGCUUCAGGUUGGGGUGAGGUCUCCGCUGGAGCCUAGGCUUGGGAAGAAGCAAACCGCCUUGGUUGGAACCUUGCUGCAGGUUUGAAGGUGGGAUUCAUCCUGAUCCUAAAGACUCGGUCCACCUAUCUCCGUGGAGGGAAUACAGCAGAAGACACCAGAAGAAAAAAGGAAUUCAAUUGGUUUUUGUAGAGAUUCAUGACAAGAAUCGCAGAAGCCUAGGAGAGGCUGAAGAUUACUAGCCUGACCUAUUAAUCCACACAUCCCCUGACCGUUCUCUUCAAUCAGGUGAAGAAAGGCCCUCUACUUUCUGGCCACAAGGCUCACACAUCUAUAAGCAUGGGUCGGGCCCGGGAAAUGGGUUGGAUGGCAGCCGGACUCAUGAUUGGAGCUGGUGCCUGUUACUGCAUGUACAAACUGACCAUGGGAAGAAGUGAGGGGAACGAGCUGGAGGACGAGGAGGAAGAUGAAUGGGAUGAUGAACAGGAUCUGGAUGAAGAGGAGGCAGACAAUUGGUUUGAUUUCACAGCAAUGGCUCGACCCUGGAGUGAGGAUGGGGACUGGGAUGAACCUGGGGCCCCAGGUGGGACUGAGGACAGACGGUCAGGUGGUGGAAAGGCAAACAGAGCACACCCAAUCAAGCAGCGGCCAUUCCCUUAUGAACAUAAAAACAUAUGGGGUGAACAGAGCUUUAAAUCCUUCACUUGUAUUCUUGACCUGAAGAAGUGUGUUUCCACUCAAAGAAAGAAAAUGUUCACGGAGAACACAAAUGCUGGCUUUUCCCUUAGCCCCAAUGUCAGUAAGCAUUUGGCCAGCCUCUCAGUGGUUGGAAACAGGAGUCCCACCACCCAUCCCACUGUGAGGGAGAAGGCUCUGUUUGUCCCUGAAAACCCAAACAGCAGCCUUGAAAAUCAGGGCCAGAUUAAGAUGUCCAUUGAUGAAGUGUGUCGAGAGACACUGUUGUGUUGCUGCAAGUCUUUUCUGCAGCAGGCAGGAUUAAGUCUGCUAAUAAGCAUGACAGUCGUUAAUAACAUGCUUGCCAAGUCUGUUUCAGACCUGAAGUUUCCUUUGCUAUCCGAGGGGAGUGGAUGUGCAGAGGUGCGGGGCUUGGAAGAGCUGAUGAGUUUGUCUGAAAAGCCAGUGCUGGUGGGGGAAGCACUGGCUGCCCAAAUGCUCUCCUCAUUCCUGUGCCUCUUUACCAGAAGUGGGAGCAGAGAGAUGCUUGUGGAAGCCAUCUCCCCUUAAGUGUCUGUCUCAGAAAGAAUGAGACUGAAGCCACCCGGAGCCUGAGCACUUUCCUGAGGGCAAAGAGGCUGCAGUGGGUGCCACUAAGGAUGCAGUCUUAGCCAGUCAGCUCCUCCCUGGGUGAGAGUUCCUUCCAAUGUCUAAAUGGAGGUCUACACUCUGACUGACCAGGCAGGGCUCUGCCAGAGCAGUGGGCAACUUCUGGGUUUUGUAGUGUGCAGGUAAAGUGCAUUGUAAAUUGCUGCCUUGCAGCCUUCUUCAUGUGGUAAAGGGUAAGGGGAUGCCUGUGGCCACUAGCUGGGGAUGACUAACAGCAAAUCACAGCAUAGAGGUGAAGGGUAAGGGGAUGCCCGCAGCCACUAGCUGAGGAUAACUAACAGCAAGUCACAGCAUCAGAGUGAAUGUUGUUGUUGCCUGUGGUGAUCUCCCUGUCUAAGCGCGGAACCACUUAUCAGAAAUGACACCCAUAUGAGAGCUUGCGCCAAACACCCUUCUCCUGCUGCUGCUGCUGCUGCUGCUGCUGCUUAGGUAGAAGUAGUUCCCCUUUCCUCUGUCCUACACUAGCUGAUGGAUGGCUAGCAUGUUAAUCAAGAGAUACACUCCCUUCCUUCCACUGUAGUGACUGACCCCCUUAUUCCCCAGCCCCCUACCCUCAUCCCCAUUGUGUAUCCUCAAUAAACUGUGUGCUUUGA